GCGCUUGUGGUCGUCGACUUUACCGCCACUUGGUGCGGCCCCUGCCAGCGCAUCGCGCCCGUCUUUGAGCGCCUCUCGCAGGAGUACUCCGCCCGCGGCGUCAACUUCCUCAAGGUGGACGUCGACGAGUGUCAGACGACGGCUGCAAACAACAACGUCUCCGCUAUGCCCACCUUCAUCUUCUUUCGAAAUCGCGUCCCGGUCGCCCGUCUGCAGGGCGCCGACCCGAACGCCCUCGCCUCGAAGCUGAAGGAGCUAGUGGANGACAACAACAGCCUCGGUAACGCCUUUUUACCGGGCAGCGGCUUCUACCUCGAAUCGGACUGUGACGAGCAGCUGAUCAUCAGCAUCGCCUUCAACCAGCCGGUAAAGCUGCACUCGCUGAAACUGCUGGCGCCGGCCACCAACGGCCCGAAGACGCUGAAGCUCUUCAUCAACCAGCCGCGGACGUUGGACUUUGACCAGGCCAGCAGCAUGGAGGCGGUGCAGAAGGUGGAGGUGGAGACGGCCGAUCUGGUCGAGGCGAAGCCCAUUCCGCUGCGCUUUGUCAAGUUUCAGAACGUCCAGAAUCUGAUUAUUUUCAUCGAAAAUAACCAGAACGGCUCCGAGGUGACCCGUCUCGACAACCUCACCCUCAUCGGCCAGCCCGUCAACGCCACCAACAUGGGCGAGUUUAAGCGCAUCGCCGGCAAGGCGGGCGAGUCGCACUAA